AUGGCCGCCUUCAUCAAGAGGCUGAGACUCACAGUCAUCCUCCUCGUCAUCCUCUCUCUCUUCAUCCUCUCCGUCGCCGCACAAGACGAACCCUCACCCUCAGCUGAACCCACACCUGACCCCACCCCCGAACCCUCCGCCUCUCCAUCGUUUACACCUACCGACAUCCCAUCUCCAAGCGACUCUAUUUCUGCCGGUAUCCCCACAGCUACCAGCACCGUACCAGUUGUCUCCACCCCAACCCCAACGCCUGUCUUCACGACCUCAACCGACUGUCAAGCUUGCAAGCCCGACUACAACAUCAUCAGCGCCUGUGUCCAGAGGAUCCCCAAGACCGCCAACCUGACCAUGAUCACCCAGGUGCUGCCCUUCUACCAGUGCAUCUGCCCGGACAACAUGAUCGAAGCUCUUCAGCACUGCAGUACCUGUCUCCGUUCGUCCGGCCAGCUCAAUUUCCUUGUCCCUACAUUGUACAAUGUCACCAACCAGGAGGUCAAGGCCAUGAAUGAGGAUGAUUUCAGCGAGGACGCUGUGUUGUCAUGGCAACAGGAGUAA